CUUUGUCUCUACCAAGUCUCUACGUAGGUACUUAAAUGUUUAAUUUUAACUUAAAUUUUGCGCCAUCUAUCCAUAAUACUAAAAAUCAUAACGAUAUGAAUCCAAGGAACCAACAUUUUGUUAGUUCGCACGGGCAUGCAUUAGUUCCGCUACUACCCGUAAGAUGGCGUUACCGCAUGGUUUAACGCCAUCUAGUAAUCGUUGAUUAAAUUAUUAUAUGUAUACGUUAGCAUAUAUAUUGUAACCACAAUGGCGGAUAGAUGGCGAUACAACUACAUAACUUAAAGUUAACUUUAUUUUGUCAAUCUAUUAAUUUUUUUUAUAGUAUUUGGAACAGUUAUAUCGCGAAAAUUUAGUUAAUAAGGACUAAAGCAUUAGUAACAAUACCGAUGAAAAUAUAAAAUUACUCGAGUAACUUUAACAACUUGUUGCCCGACCACAGUCGCAAGUCAAAACAAAUACCUAGACCAAAUGCUCAGUCAGUGACCGGGCGCCGUGUGGGUUGCUGGUGCCGUUCGCGAGUUUUAGACGCGCGCGGACGAAAAAAAAACUAGAAACAAUUUCCUAAAUGAGAUUGUAUCAAAGAACAACUUUUUUAAACAGUAUUGUGCCACGAAAAGUCUAAAGUGAUUGUUUUUAGUUCGGUCGGUUAGUUUUUUGUAAAUUGCUGUGAUUUCGCGGUAUCGUGUUCUAUUGUUGAAAGCUACCGAUGUUGUUGUAUUAAGAGGAUGUUUUCGAUAUCGUCCAUGUUCCUAGGAAAUCGGUUUCUGGUUGGAUUUUGAUGGAAUUGUAAUCUCAGGCGGUCCCAUCGUCGUGUGGCAUGUUGCGGGGCCUCACCGCGCUGCUGGCGGUAGCCCUUUGCGCCGCCACGCUGGACUCCGAGCUCGGCGUUGGCAAGGCCAUCAAUAUAUUUAUGAGAUAUGGCUACCUCAGCAUAUGCAUGCGAGUGGUCCCCCGCAACGACACAGAAGGCUGGGUGUUCCGAGAGCCCACCGUCAGCGUGUUCAGAGACGUGGAGCGUCUCUCUGUGGCGCCGAAGCCGCGGCAGGCCAAGACCCUGUUCGACGGAGACUUCCAUAUGGAGUUCUGCGAUAACCUGAAGCAGUUGUUGCAGGCGUACUUUAGGGAUUUUAGUUUUGAGAGGUUAGAGCGACCAUGGCGAGCAUUCACAGCGGGCUGGCCGACGGACAUCAUGGCGAGGAACCUGGGCAUCAAUUCCUCCUUCAUCACGGGCGACCACUGCUACGUACUCGUCAGGGUCUCAAGGUACCGUGAAACAGCCAAGCUAAGCGACCUGCCUACCAACAUACCGGUUGAAGACGUGGUCUUCGACGCUAUCCAGGACUCCACCAUCGGGGACACGGUCUCCAUCGCCGACUUCAUUAGGAAAUAUGGCUCGCAUUACAUAUCCAGCUACAUAACGGGGAACUCGCUUUAUCAGGUAUUCGUGUUCACACGGAGCGUGUACUCUCGUAUCAAAGACCGUGUCAAGUCCAAAGGCGUCACUAACAUCCCGCCGGCGGAGAUCAACAACUUCUUCUCGCCGUUCUUCGCCGAACACAUCGGCGCGGUCAAGGUGUUUGUGUUCUCUAGAACGGCAUACUCUAUGAUAAAAGAGAGACUUAAAGUCAAAGGCGUGGCGGAUAUCACCGCGAAGGAGCUUGAGGGCUACUUUUCGCCUUGGCAUGCCAAGCAUAUUGGACAGAUUAAGGUGGCCAGCGGCAACAAAACAGUUGAAAACUGGGCCAUGAAGCGUCUCCGGGUGCACUACUACAUAUUCUCGUACCCCAGUCUCCUCAAACUGCACGGCGAGCCGUCUCUCCUGCGCAACCUGGACUCGCUGCUGGGCAACGAGGCCUUGUUGCAGUUGGAACUGAAGACGUUAUCGCCUGCCUUCAAAGAUGUGAGGAAGAAACGGUGGUUCGAGGAGGUGAUAGACAAUUAUUUGAAAUUGUGGGAGAGUAAUAUGUGAUGAAUGGUAUUUUUAGGUUAUUAUAGAAUAUUGUUUGCAGUUAAAGUCGUUUAGUUUGGUUUGAAUGUUUUUAUAAAGCCAUUUAUAUACGCACACAUUAUACGGAUUGAAUUAUUAUAUCGAGAUACGUAUUUUGAAUUUUAAAUAUUUAUCCUAUCACAUGUUGUUUUUUAAAAGAUAUAUGUUGUUGCUUUAAUGGCAGGUAUUUAAUUUUUUUUCAAUCCAUUAAUUUAGAUCAUUAUUUUAGAUUGCCUAGUCUAAUAUUAUAUCAGCGUAUCAACCCUUUAAUAUUAUUUAAACAAAAUCAAUAAAAUAAUAUACCAAUGUUAAUUAUAGAUGCUUAUUCAACUAUGUUAAACGGUUUUAACUGUAAGAUGAAUGAUGUAUUUUAAUACGUAUGCAAUAAAUAAAAAUAGUUCAAUAAUAAAUUGGUGCUAAAAAAAGCUGCCGGCCAAAUUGAAAACGGAAUUAUGCAAUUUAAAUUAAUUUUACAUACAAUUUUGUCUUGUUAUUCUGAAGAUAAUAUGAGUAUGCUCGUUUUCGAUUUUAGCGCAAUUUGCUAAGAAAAGGAUGUCUGUUUAUCAUAUUAACUGCCAUUUCAUGUUUAAGUACAACAUUUUUUCAUUUUAUAUCUAAAAUUGGACGUAAAUUUAAACGCAGGUACAUGUUUGGAAUACAAUUUAAAAUAUCAUCUUCCUAUUUUGUGAUCCAAUCUCGAAUUUACCAAAUAAUGACUAUAAUAAACGAUAUAUUUGUGAAUUUAUAUUUUUCCCUAGCAUUACAUAUAAAAACAAAUUAGAUAUAAUAUUAAAUGUGAUUAUAGAUAUAAAAAUGACAAUGUAGACGCAGUGAAUUGAACGAACUACUUAUAAAUAUAAGUUAUAGAUAUUAUAAGUAAUUUAAUGUUGUCAAAUUAAUUUCGAAUAAGUAAAACACUCCUAAGCCAUUCUAAAUACGAAAUACCUAUAAAUUAAUUAAGUAUAAUGUUUUGGUCGAUUUGAAAUAUUACAUUGUUAUAGGGCUUUUGCUCAAACUCGUUGGUGAAGACAUUUUAGAAUAAUUGUAACUUAAUAGUUUGCGAAUAGGUACCUACUUUCUGGUAAUGCUCAACUACAGCUUGACAUCACUUAACCUUUUUUUAUGUCUAGGUAGAACAAUAACUUGAUACUCUUGGUAGGGUCAUUGCGUCAGUUCACCGUCCAGGGGGGAGAUUUUUGAAUUUCGACCGCUCGAUUUCGUGUAUUUUGUUCAAUAAUAUCUCCAUUACCCGGCAAUUGAAUUCUACUAAUAGAAUUGAAAACGAGUGGUCAAUACCACUCGAUUCCCAAUUUCUAUCGCUCGUAUUUCAAACAUUAGCAUUUCACUGUUUUCCGCCGAUUUUCGAGUGACGAAAUCGAACGCACGAAUUUCAAAAAUCGGCCCCCUUUGCCUGUUUGCGUCUACUUGGCGUAGUUGCCACAAAGAAUUGUGUAUAAUUUAAUUUAUGCCUAUAUAUUGAAAUUAUACGCAAUUCUUGAAAUUAUACACAAUUCUUUGUGGCAACUACGCCAAGUGGACGGAAACAGGCACUGGACGGUGAACUAACAUAAUGACUCUAUUAUGGUAUAUGAACCUGACAUAGAAUUCUUCUAAUACCUAAAAUUUUACAGCAGGUACGUAACACUUAGUCAUUCUAUUCUAUUUUUGUAUUGAUCCUAUAAAAUGGCACACGUACUACAUUCAACAAUUUUGCAAUUUAUAGUAAUAUUUUAAAGUCAUCAAUGUCAUCAUCUGACAUUCAAUCAUAUAAUUAAAAAGAGUUUUAUUAACAUAUACCUAACGUUCAUCACAAAUUAUACUUGAAAUUAUGAAUAGUUUGCUUCUGAUUCUCCUUCUCAUAUUCGUCCAAAAGAUAGACUAAGAUAGCAAAUCGUGCAAUUUAGUGUUGUAACGCAAUGCGGGAUCAAACUUGAGAAUGCAUUUAUUUUUAUGUAUAAUUACUAUAAUUAAUUAGUCCAGUAAGGAACGGAUGUAAAUAUUUUUUGGUAAUUAAUUAAAAAGUUAAAGGAAUAAAUUGAUUUAUGACUGAAAAA